GGGGCGCAGAUGCGAUUCAUCUUUCACGUAAAUAAGGAGUAUGAAACCGAAAGUUUGAUACUCUCUCUCUCUCUCUCUCUGUCGUUUGGUUCUUUCCCAAGAAUAGGCCCUGCACCAACAGAGAAACUCACCGAGGAGAGAAAUGGCCGGAGGUGUCGGCGGACCGGCGUCAAAGAACGACGAUUUUCAGCCACAUCCGGUUAAAGAGCAACUUCCGGGGAUUGACUACUGCAUCACCAGCCCUCCUCAUUGGCCGGAAGCAAUUGUUCUGGGUUUCCAGCACUAUUUGGUGGUGCUUGGCACGACCGUCUUAAUUCCCAGCAUCAUUGUUCCUCAAAUGGGUGGUGGCAAUGAGGAGAAGGCCAAAGUGAUACAGUCGUUACUCUUCGUUGCAGGAUUGAACACACUGUUACAAUCUCUAUUUGGAACUCGUCUUCCUACCGUGAUUGGAGGUUCAUGCACUUUUGUUGUUCCAACAAUCUCAAUCGCCUUGGCUAAUAGAUAUCAUACAAUUGAUAACCCUCAAGAGAGGUUUAUACGGACAAUGAGAGGAAUACAGGGAGCGCUUAUUUGUGCUUCAAUUUUCCAGAUUGUUGUUGGUUUCUUGGGCUUCUGGAGAAAUGUUGUCAGGUUUUUAAGCCCUCUUUCUGCAGUCCCUUUGGUAACUCUUACUGGGCUUGGGCUCUAUCAACUUGGUUUUCCGCUAUUGGUAAAAUGUGCUGAAGUUGGAAUUCCGGAAUUAGUCAUAUUAGUCUUGGUCUCACAGUAUCUCCCCAAUAUGGUGACAGCAAAGAGAGUGGUAUUUGAUAGAUUUGUGGUGCCAUUCUCAGUUGCAGUUGUGUGGGUUUAUGCACAUAUUUUGACUGUAGCUGGUGCAUACAAGGACAGACCUCUCCAAACUCAAAUCAGUUGUCGAACCGAUCAUUCUGGACUCCUUAGAACAGCUCCUUGGAUAAGGGUUCCAUAUCCAUUUCAAUGGGGUGCACCAACCUUUGAAGUUGGAGAGGCUUUGGCAAUGAUGGCAGCUUCUUUUGCUGCUCUCAUUGAGUCUACUGGUACAUUUAUUGCUGUCUCAAGGUAUGGGAGUGCAACACCUGUACCGCCUUCUGUUCUCAGCCGUGGAGUUGGUUGGCAGGGAAUAGGAAUACUGCUGGAUGGAAUGUUUGGCACAGGGAAUGGCUCCACUGCUUCAGUUGGAAAUGCGGGUCUGUUGGCAUUAACACGAGUUGGAAGUCGAAGAGUUGUUCAAAUAUCUGCAGGUUUUAUGCUCUUCUUUUCUGUAUUAGGAAAAUUUGGAGCACUUUUUGCUUCUAUUCCAAUGUCAAUAGUAGCAGCUCUUAACUGUAUCCUCUUUUCCUAUGUGGCUUCUGCAGGUCUUGGUUUUCUUCAGUUCUGCAACCUCAACAGUUUUAGAACGAAGUUCAUAUUAGGCUUCUCUUUCUUCAUGGGAUUCUCAGUGCAACAGUACUUCAAUGAAUAUGUUGUGGUUUCUGGCCACGGUCCUGUUAACACACAUUCCAUAUCGUUCAACAACAUCAUGAAUGUGAUAUUCUCGUCCAAUGUAACUGUAGCAGCAGUGGUAGCUUUUUUCCUGGAUUGCACACUUGGUCGUGGGGACAGUACUGUUGUUAGAGACAGUGGUUCUCACUGGUGGGAAAAGUUUAGGAAUUUCAAGACAGAUAGCAGGAGCGAAGAAUUUUAUUCGCUCCCUUGCAACCUUAAUAAGUUGUUCCCGUCAGUCUAGCGGCCAAAGGUUUGGUUCAUGGUAUUUGUCCUUCCCAAUAGAAUCUAUUUUUAAGUGAAGUAGCGAAAGAGGAGGGGGGGUGGGGAACAAGAGAAUCAUUUGGUAUAGUGCAUGUACAUGCUAUAUAGUCUAAUUCUAUAGUGUCUCAAAAUCAGAUUCUAACCUCCUAUUUUAGAGCAAAUAUGUUUGAUUUUUGAUAAAAGGAGCAACUUUAUUGGAUAGUGGCUAAAACUGUAAAAUCUUUUAUUUUCUUCUGCUGUUAAUUUGAUACUACAGGUUUUACUUA